CUCCGCUGUGUUUUUCCUGGCGCUCUUCCUGACACUCCCCCCGACACUCGCUUCCCCGCCGCCCCUGCUCCGGCCCUUGCUACCCCGUUUGCUUUUCGCUCUGCCUGUGUCUUCCCGGCCCGCCUUUGGCUACAGACUCCCCGGUCAUAUAUUCCCCUUCCCACUCGCGCUUUUCGCACCUCAGACACUCCCCCUUUAUAAUGCAUUCCACCACACUACUAGGCACCCUACUACGGGCCCAGCUCGUGAUGUGCUUUGCGCUCGCGGCCGCCGCGGUGUCGCGCCCGGCAGUGGACUUCGAUGCCACCGGCGGCCGCAUCGGCCUCUUGGGCGACUUUGACGGCGUCUCCUUCUACAACGCCGAGAACGCCUCGGCCUUUCUCGCCACGGCCCCGGCCAACUCCCUGGCACUUUACUUGCGCAACCUGACCUCGGGUGCCUCGCUGGUCGUCGCCUCCUUAGGCGGCGGCGCCGUGUCCCAGGUGCUGCGGCUCGCGGCGGACGCCGUGCUCGUGCUGGGCUCCUUCUCGUCCGUCAACGGCGACACAAUGACUCCGCCCAUCAUCUUCAACCUCUCGCUGCUGGAGGCCACGCUGCUCCUCGACCUGGCUCUGGGCACUGCCGCGGCCUCGGGCUCCGUGCUCGCCACUCUUGUCGAUGGCGACCUCAUCUACCUCGGCGGAGACUUGGACUUCAACAGCACCUACGGCGCCGCCAUCUACAACCUCGCGUCUGGCCUGCUCGAAACCUUGCCCUUUCUUGGCUUUGGCGAGAACGCCUCCAUCAGCGCCAUCGCAAAGUACCCGCCCGACGCGGAUGACGGCUCCAUCAUCUUCGGCGGCUCCUUCCACACAUUGGGGCUCCCGGAACUUCUCAUGCAUAACGUUUCUGUCUCUACGGAGGGAACCUCCAACUCGACCAACACAACGCUAAUACAGGCCGAGCAGCUCAUCUCCUUGAAAUACGCCACGUUCCUGAACGUCAACGGCCUUUCUUCGAACGACGACAGCGCUGUCAUCUGCCCUGCAACGAGCUCCACUUGGGCUCUCGAGGACGCGAGUGGUGGUGAAUGGUCUGCGGAGCUUCCGUUAGAGAUGCAGGGCAUCACCCCGACAAAAAUUCGCAUCUACGUGCCAGACGACACCCUGAAUGGCAUCAGCACAUUUCGCUUCUACACUUUUCCGAACAAUGGUAUCAUGAACCUUACCUACGUCGACCCCGCCACGAACCAAAUCGCCUACUGCGAUGCAUGGUGUCCCUUGCAACUCUCAUCAACCUUGGAGGGGAGCGCCGAUCUGAACGUGGAUGACGCUGACUCAUAUUCCGAUGACGACUCUGUCUAUCUGGAUGAGAACGGCUCUUUCUUUCGGUACCUCGACUCGGAAACAAAAACCCGCAGCGUGGGCUACGGCCGCGAUUUCCAGGAAUUCGCUCUUGUAAAUGAUAUCCUGGUCGAUGCAUUCACUUUGUCUACUGUUGGCUGGUAUGGAUCAAGAGGCGAAUUUUCCGGCUUUGAAUUGUACCUGGACGCCAUAACGGUCUACGGAAACGAUACACUUAAUGAACUGAACUGCGGUAGUGAGUCGGACCAGGCUUCAAACUCCGCUGUGAUUGAGAGCGGUACUUGGCAAGCAGUCCUGUCUCUUACUGACUCCGAGACUGUCACCAAUUACUUGGUCUCAAUUGUCGACGACUCGUCUUCAAUGACGUUGUAUCCAAACAUUUCAUACUCGGGCGACUACUCCAUCCUCUUUUACACGCCUGGGUGUACUGCAGAUGGUUCUUGCUCCGAACGGUCCUUGGUGAACGUGACUUUGAUUGACGACUACGAUCAGGUCUUAUCGACAAACAUCAUUUAUCAAAAUAAUCUUGACGACAAAUUUGACUAUCUAUACUCUGGCCAUUUGAACGGCUCAUCCUCAGACAAUCGAAGAAAUCGGGUUCAGGUGGAUUUUAUUAGUGCGAUAGAUUCAUCUGCGACCAGCCCGUGGGUUGUGAUCGAUAAAGUGGUAUCCAACAUUUUAUUUUUGGACGAAUCUGUCUUAUUCGACUCCACUAACUCUACAACAAACACCACCUCAUCAUACAUUACGACAAUGUCCUUGAAUGGCUUAUUCGAAUAUUCCUUGGCAAACUUCUCUACGUUUUCUCAAGAUUCGGUUUUCGAGAACAUAGAUGAUCAAAUCAUCAUCAAGGACACAAACACAUACGUGGGAAACUCCACAAUCAAUGUUUUGAGUGGAAAUUUGUCGAAUGAUUCGUCAAUUACAAAUGUUGUCUAUGCAUCUGGAAGCGAACUCAUAUUCUUACACGGGAACUUGGAUUCUCUGGAUAUUUCUUUGCUGAACAACAACUUAAUUACGCUUGCAGUUGAUGGAUACAAUUCAACUGCCAAUGAUACCGAAAUCUCCUCCAUAACGAAGCGUUUUGUGAAACGAGACGAUCAGACAAUACUCGGUGCGACUUUCAAUGAUUCAAUAACCUCAAUUUACGAUGUUGAUGGUGGUAUUUUGGCCUUGGGCGAGUAUACUAUUAGUGAAUCUGAUGGCUUGAGCAAUUUGGCAGAUGGAAACUCAUCUACCACAACAGCGAACAACUUUGCACUCUUUUACCAAAAUGAAUGGUAUUCAUUCGGUAACUCGUAUAUUGGUGAUCUGUUUUCCCAAUUUUCAUCCAUUGUGUUAAACGGUACAGAGUUUUUCAUUUUUUCAACCUCGGAUGGCGUUUACCUUCCAUGGGAUAAUUCCAACAAACAAUGGUCAAAUACCAGAGACAAACUCGACAUUACUUCAGCAGUCUCUCUCGAUGAUGAGCAACAAGUUAUUGGUGGUUCAUCCUUCGGCAUCAUGGAUUUUUACGAAAGAGAUCAGGCAUACUUACUGAACAGCGAAGAGCUUUCCAGUUUUGACGUCGCCAUCACAGAAGGUUCGGUGCGCAUAUCAUAUUACCUAAACGAAACUUUCAGUGUUAUCGGUGGUACAUUCAUCUCCAAUAACUCUAUAGAAAAUGUCGCUUUAUUGGUGAAUGACAUCGCCGUACCCCUUCAAGAUACGAUCGAGUGGCAAAAUGACACUUUUGUGUCUAAGCUCUACGUGGAUACAGAUGAUGAUCUAUUGUUCAUUGGCACAAACGGCUCAGCAACCAUACACAACUCUGAUGUUGCCGGUCUUCUUGUAUACAGUUUGACGAACGACACUUUUUCAAGCAUUCAACCUCCAGACCUCUCAACGUCUGAUGGUUCCCUGCUCGAAGUCAACGCAUUGGCACUUUAUGAUCAAAGCUCACAACUCCUUGUCGGAGGGAACUUCGAUUUUGCAGGCUCUUUAGGUUGCGCAUCGGUGUGUUUGUAUGAUAUUGAAAACACACGCUGGAUUAGUCCAUACUCGAGUUCUCUGUCAGCCCUGCUCAGUGGGACUGUUACAGACGCCAAAUUUAUCUCAUCGAGCUCAAUUUUACUCAGUGGCAACUUGACAUUAAACAGGUCAGAAGCAAGCUUUGUCAUGUACGAUUUUGGUGAAAACGACUUUGAAACUGCUGGAGACAACAUCAACAAUAUCGCUGUUCCUGGAACUGUGCUGAAGUUUAUUAUGAAUGACAACGCUGAUAAAAGUUUGGCUAUGAGAAUGGCUGCCAUCGGCACUGAUUUUGUCAUGGGCUACGAUGGAAACACCUGGUCGAGAAUCGAUGAUGACAUCGAAUUGUCUGCACAAACGCAGCUCACCGAUUUGAAACUCGUGCAACUCAGCGAGAGUAACUCGAACAAUCUGAAUGAAACAUACUUUGAUCGAGAUCAAGCCUUGUUGUUAUCUGGCUUUUUCAACUUAACAAACUACGGCAUGGUAAACUUGGCAUUGUUUGAUGGAACCAAUUGGAUUCCAUAUGUAUUCACUCUGAAAGACUCCAAUGUUGGAAAUGUCAACUCAUUGCUCCUUGAAGAACUUUAUAAAUCUCAAUCAUCUAGUGAUUUAGAGACAUCAACAAACCAGAUGACCACUGGCCAAGUCGUUGGAGUUUCUUUGGCUUGCGCGCUUGGCUCUACCGCCUUGCUUGGCUUGUUGUAUAUGAUUCCCAUCUUUUUCAUGAUGGGAGAAUCAGGUAGAAAAGACAAGUCUGAUCAAAGGAUCCAUGAGGAUGAGAUGAUGGACAUCGUGAGGCCCGAGGACUUGAUUCACGAGAUGGACGCGCAAAGAAACUAUUAAUUCUCAGAUUACUUGAUAUAUAAUGAAUUACGAAUAUACAACUUUUU